UUACAAUAUUUUUAUAACAUCUAAAUAAUGAAUACUUGAUUAGUGAUAUGAUAGAGUUAAACAUUAAUUUAGUAAAUAUUGGUGUGAUUAAGUUCAUGGAUACUUUAAUAAAGAUUGUUAAAAAUUAAGUAGAACGUUAAAGUGUUUACAGAAUUACGUUAUUUUUUUCCUGCCAGCGGUUUUGAGUUUUGUUGGACGUGUGAAAUCUUACAGUUUUUGGUGAUCUGAAUUUGUGACUUACAUCCAGUUCAAUUAUGUCCGCUACUACUAGGAACAUCCGUCACCAAACGCUGGAACAACAAAAACAACUGUUGGAAAUGAAAAUGAGGCAGGUCAGACAAACUCCGCAGAUAAUUAAAGCGUCAGACAAUGUCAUGCCAAGUGCAAGAAUACGGCCAAAAUCUGCUAGGCCAGUGGAGAUGAAUUGUUAUGAUGGUCCGUUAACAUAUGCAAUGAUGAACUGCAGUCCAGACUCCAGUGAUAUAUUAGGUGUAUCAAGACAUUCUAUUAACCAUGAUGUUAUUGAAGAUAUGAGGAAAGAAGUAGCUGAAAUGACUGUUGACGAACGUAGAGUAUCUAUAGACACUGAAGAUGAAGAAUCUUGUUCCAUUUCUCCAGUUAAAAAUUUAAGUUCAAUACAUAUUAAAGAAAACAGCCCAUUUAUUUAUCCUUCUUCAACAAUUACUGAUACUAAUGAAUUGGAAGGAGAUGUAUAUGGAAAUUUAGAAACAUUCGUCCUGGAACCGGCUGCCCAAGGUGUUCAUUAUAAAUGCCGUAUAACUAGAGAUAAAAAAGGCAUGGAUCGGGGGUUAUAUCCUACCUACUAUUUACAUUUAGACAAAGGAAAUGGAUCAAAAAUUUUUUUAUUGGCUGCUCGUAAACGUAAAAAAAGUAGAACAUCAAAUUAUCUAAUAUCAACAGAUCCAACUGAUUUGUCUAGAGGAGGUGAUUCAUUUGUUGGGAAACUUAGAUCAAAUUUAAUUGGUACCCAAUUCACUGUCUAUGAUAAUGGUACUUCACCGUAUAAGACAUCUAUAGAAGGGAUCCAAGAAAGGCAAGAAUUAGCUGCUGUAGUAUAUGAAACAAAUGUGCUAGGAUUCAAGGGACCUCGUAAAAUGACUGUAAUAAUACCAGGCAUGAAUAAAAAUCACCAACGAGUUAAAGUCGCCACAACUGAUAACUAUAGUUCACUAUUAGAAUGUUAUCGAACAAAAAAUAUGGACGACCUGAUAGAAUUGCAUAACAAAACACCACAGUGGAAUGAAGAAACCCAAUCGUAUGUUCUUAAUUUUCACGGACGAGUCACACAAGCUUCAGUUAAAAAUUUUCAAAUUGUUCACGAUAAUGAUGUUGAUUACAUUGUCCUGCAAUUCGGUCGUAUUUCAGAUGAUCUCUUUACAAUGGAUUACAGAUAUCCAUUGUGUGCAAUGCAAGCAUUUGCUAUCACUCUUAGUAGUUUUGAUAGCAAAUUAGCUUGUGAAUAGCUAAAAUAUAUUCAAUUUCAAUUUUGAAGUCCUUAAAAAUUAAGUUUUGAUUUUAAUCUCUACUUAAUGAUUUUAGUUAACUAUAUUUUUUUUAUCUCCU